GCCUCGUCUCCUUGCAUCCGCUGCACCCACCACUCAAAAACCUGCAGCUUGCUCCCUAGCUUAGCUAGCAGACGACGACACAGGUGUACCUAGCAAACUAGCUAGCAACUGUACACGCGUAGCUGUCGUCGUCCCUGCAGGGGGCGUGAUAACAUAUAUCACAGGGAAAUUAAAUUAACUAGCUCGAAGAAAUUCAGGGAGGAGAUCGACUGAUCGAGAUGCCGACUGACGAGACAGCCGCGGCGGCGCCGGCCACCACCGCGCUCUCCGGCCAUGGGUGCACCGUGUGCGUCACCGGCGCCGGCGGGUUCAUCGCGUCGUGGCUCGUCAAGCGCCUCCUCGAGAAGGGCUACACCGUGCGUGGCACCGUCCGGAACCCUAUGGACCCGAAGAACGACCACCUGAGAGCCCUGGACGGCGCCGGCGAGCGCCUCGUCCUCCUCCGCGCCGACCUCCUCGACCCCGACAGCCUCGUCGCCGCCUUCACCGGCUGCGAGGGCGUCUUCCACGCUGCCUCCCCCGUCACCGAUGAUCCUGAGAAGAUGAUAGAGCCGGCGAUCAGGGGGACGAGAUACGUGAUAACGGCGGCGGCCGACACCGGCAUCAAGCGAGUGGUGUUCACGUCCUCCAUCGGCACUGUCUACAUGAACCCCUACAGGGACCCCAACAAGCCCGUCGACGACACCUGCUGGAGUGACCUCGAAUACUGCAAGAGGACAGAGAACUGGUACUGCUACGCGAAGACGGUGGCGGAGCAGGGUGCGUGGGAGGUGGCGCGGCGGCGUGGGGUGGACCUGGUCGUAGUGAACCCGGUGCUGGUGCUGGGACCGCUGCUGCAGGCGACGGUGAACGCGAGCACGGAGCACGUGAUGAAGUACCUGACGGGGUCGGCCAAGACGUACGUGAACGCAGCGCAGGCGUACGUCCACGUCCGCGACGUCGCCGAGGCGCACGUCCGCGUGUACGACUGCGGCGGCGCGCGGGGCCGGUACAUCUGCGCCGAGAGCACCCUGCACCGCGGCGACCUCUGCCGCGCCCUCGCCAAGCUUUUCCCGGAGUACCCCGUCCCGAGCAGGUGCAAGGACGAGGCGGCGCCGCCGGUGAAGGGGUACCUCUUCUCCAACCAGCGCCUCCGUGACCUCGGCAUGGACUUCGUCCCCGUCCGCCAGUGCCUCUACGAAACCGUGCGAAGCCUCCAGGACAAGGGCUUGCUGCCGGUGCUGCCGCCCACCGCCGACGACCACCACCACCCUUCCUCGUGAUCCCCCAUCCAGCUCCCCCGGCGCCCGGCCAUCGUCACUGCAUAUUAAUUUCUGCUGGCUGCUGAUAUAUACUCUUAUUGAGUUCUAAUUUUUUCCUUUUUCCGAUCGGUUUUUACAUAUAUAUUAUAUCUACAUGCACACCGAUCGACACACGUAUGUAUAUUUUUAUGUGUGUAUUGUACGUGUAUUAUGUAUGUGAUUUAAUGGCCGGGUGCAUGCAUGCGCGACUCGUGAGCAAAGUGAUAUAGCGUCAGUGCUGUGUGUGACGUGCACAGUGCAUUUAAUUAGUACGUAAUCUAUGUUUGGUGUCACUGUAAUAUAAGCAUAUGAUAUUGCUCCUUGGUAGGAGUGCAUAUAAUUAAUCAAAUGUCAUGCACCUAAGCUGAGUACUUAA